UGGUGACAGGGUGCGUAACAGAGCAGUGAGAUGUUUGCUGGAUUGAUGCGUUGAGGUAAAUUUCAGACGCAUCGCCCUAAUGGUAUUAAGCUGGCUGGAGAGAAAUUGCAGUUUAGCGCGAAGCCAAGGCUGCAGGGAUGAUGAGAGUGCACGAAGACGCAUCGCCAAGGCAGCCGACUGCCAUCCAAUGACUAUCCUGCCAUCUCAACCGCAGUGCACAUUUGCCGUCCGUUUUACAUGAGAAAGCAUGUUUAUUUUUUAUCAUAAUACCAAUACUUAUAGCCAAAAUCAACAUCUCGAUUCGAGGUGAUGAAGGCUCGCACAUUUUCAUCGCUUUUCUUCAAGGAAUGAAAACGCUCCAAGAUGGUCCGCAUCUCAAACGCCCUGGGUUUGGUCAUAUUGAUUGUUGCUCUUCUCAUUUUAUCCUUAAUAAGUUAUGUGUCCAUUAGAAAGGACAGCAUCUUCUCUUCCACAAAAUAUGACAACAUGGGAGGACCACCACGGAUAAUGUUCCACGCAGGAUUUCGGUCACAGUUUGCCCUGAAUUUCCUGGACCCAUCCUUCAUCCCAUUAACCCAUGCUCUGAACGAGGAGCUGCAAGGGAAACCCUCCAAAUGGAAAUUCAAUAGGACAGCUUUUUAUCAGCAAAGGAAAGAGAUCUUCCAUUACAUCGAUGUGGCCAACAACUUCUCCCUCACCAAGAACGGUGUGCGCGUCGGCCAGCUGAUGCACUUCGACUUCUCCAGUCACAAGUAUGUCUUCUCCAUAAACAACAACCUGAAGUCACUGCUUCCUGAUGCUUCGCCCAUCCAGAACAAGCACUACAACGUGUGUGCCGUGGUGGGUAACAGUGGGAUCCUGACAGGCAGUCACUGUGGGCCAGAGAUCGACAGCGCCGACUUUAUCUUCCGCUGCAACUUCGCCCCUACCGACUCCUACUACAAGGAUGUGGGCCGGAAGACCAACCUCACCACCUUUAACCCCAGCAUCCUGGAGAGGUACUACAACAACCUGCUGACCAUCCAGGACCGGAACAACUUCUUUCUCAACCUGAAGAAGCUGGAGGGGGCCAUUUUGUGGAUCCCUGCGUUUUUCCUCCACACCUCGGCCACCGUCACACGGACCCUGGUGGACUUCUUUGUUGAGCACAAGGGGCAGCUGAAGAUCGAGCUGGCCUGGCCGGGAAACAUCAUGCAGGAUGUCAACAAAUAUUGGAAGACCAAGAACCUGUCUCUAAAGCGACUGAGCACUGGUAUCCUCAUGUACACUCUGGCCUCGGCCAUGUGUGAGGAGAUCCAUCUGUAUGGCUUCUGGCCCUUCGGCUGGGAUCCCAACACAGGCAAGGAGCUGCCCUACCACUACUUCGACAAGAAAGGAACCAAGUUCACCACCAAGUGGCAGGAGACCCACCAGCUGCCCAGUGAGUUUAAGCUGCUCUACAAGAUGCAUGGAGAAGGUGUGACCAAGCUGAGCCUUUCACACUGCUCUUAGACAUUCCAUCCUGGGUGACCGGGCUUAAGAGAUUCAUUUGGUGGCGCUCCAAUACAGCAGCUGACCUUGCGCUCACGUAAUACAUUUUGCGACUCAAAGCAGACAAUGCAUGAUUUAGAAUUAAAACUUUUAUAUUACGCCUUCACUCUAGAAACACACUAUCAUAUCACCACUGCAUCUUGCCUCAGCUUUGUCCAAUGUAUGUAAUUCACACUAACACUUUGGGUUACGAGGAAUAUGGCAGAAUAUUCCAGAUGUGGAUUACUGGUUGACGAUGACGUUACAAUGUAUGUUAUGCUGAAUAUAUCACACUAUCAUAGUACUUAUCAUACAAUAUUUCACAUCACUUAAUUUGCAUUGAUACCAUAAUUGUGUGGAUAAAUAGAUCAAUAAAACACACAUAACCUAUUUCAACAAGAACACACAAGGGAAUACAUUUUAUGAAAAAUAAUCACUAUUUCCAAACAGUGUUUUUCAUAGUUUAGUGUAGGGGUGGGGUGGGGGGCAUACUGUAAUUGUUAUUAGGCUGUAGCCUUAUUUUAAAGGGAUUUGAUUGUUCUUUUGAUAUCACUGCUUAGUCUCAGGGAAGGAGUUGAGAUCAGUGUUUUUUUCUAAUCAGAUUCAAAUGCCUCCACUGAGGUGCAAACAGACACACUGUCUAUUUUCCAGCCCUUUUGAGCAUACAGUGAACCGCCACAGGUGCUAGUAGACAGACAAUGGGCCCAGCCAGCACACUGCACUGGUAUGAGAUCGGUUUACAAUGCCUCUUUAUGUAUGUAAAUUGCUGCCCUAUAUAGAUAAAGAUAUUGCAUUGAUAGCCCUAGUUCCACUAUUUUAUUGGGAUUCUGGUGAUAGCUCUGGUAAUAUUUAAACUUGAGGAUGAAUAAUCUACAUUCCAACACCAAGCCAUAGAGUGAAUUUAGUUACAUGUAUAUUGUUGUUAUCAUUACCAUUAAGAAUUAAAGAGGCACUGUGGAGAAAUGGCUCCAUCAUUUCCUGGUUGCAAAAAAUUAUAAUAGUUCGCCUAAUUUCAGUUUGUGACAAAACAAGCAAGUAUAGUG